AAUCAAAGUUGUUCCACUAAACUAUCAGAAUAUUGCAAAGUGUUCCGUUAAAGUUUGAGAAACACUGCUGUAUGGAAAUAAUUGCCACUGUGUUUGGAAAGCCUGUGUGUAGUCCGCGAGCAGUUUGGGCAGUACUGCUAUUGUUAACCUGGCGAUGCUGAUGGAUUCAAAUUAUCUCCAUUCUCGUUCUUCAAUUGGACUCAAUGAUGCUUGGAGAAAUGGAAAGUUAAGCGGGAAACUGUACGAACCAAUGACGUCUCAUCUUACGAGACUAGUGUUGACCUUGCUGUUGUCAUGCGACGUGUCAGGCUACUUCACAUUCCGGGAUAAAAUCCCUAACGGACACAUGGUGCCUCACCCUUGCAAGCCUAACACUAUAUGGCAGGGCGUUGGUCACUUCAUUGACGCUGGUGGCAAAAACAGAAAUCCUUUUGGUUUGGAUUUUGCAGCAGAAAGAAAUAGGUGGAGUAGGAGCUUGUGUUUGAAAGACUCGGAUGGUGACGGUUGGACCAAUGGUCAAGAACUGGGAGAUCCCAAUUGCACAUGGACUGAAAGUACACAACCUUUUAGAACCUAUGCUAUAACUCACCCAGGUGUGUGUGAUCCUUGGAACUCUUCAGCCUGUCUUCUGAAACAAUUAACAAACACAAGCUACGAAACUCAGGGAGAUUGGCUUCGGGAUGUCUGUCAGACAUUUGACUGUCCUACUAUGAACGAAAAAGGUGUGAUGAGUCUUGAUCUCCGUUUAAAAAGAACACCUGUCCCAGCCAAAAGAACCACCCACAUGUGCCAGCUACUUGACCUGAGCGCCUUGCCAGUAAGCUACCACAUUGUCGCAGUCAAGCCGAUCAUCGACAACAACGAAGUGGUCCACCACAUGGCUCUCUUUGGAUGUACAGCUGAUAUGUUCAUCCCCCCAAUGCCUUACGAGUGUAGCUUGAUGGUGAGAGGGUGUGACGACCUUCUAGCCCCGUGGGUAUUUGGUGUGCCCGUCGUGUGUUCCCACCCUAAAGCUGCGGUGAAGAUAGGUCAAGAUGGCUACACAAAAAUAGUCAUUCAGAUCCACUGGAAUAACCCUGGCCGAAAGUCAGACUUGGCAGACAGUUCGGGAUUGACUAUUUAUUACACACCAAAAUUGAGAGAGCAUGAUAUAGGGAUACUUGUAGUUGGCGCUGCUAAAUUCGAUCUGCCAGCUGAACGCCAAUCUGUCAGCGUGAUUGGCACUUGCACCGAAAGAUGUACCAGGAACCUAAUAAAAUCACCAAUCAAUAUCACACUGGCUGCAAACCACAUGCAUGUAGCUGGUGUUCAUAUGAGUAUUACAAUACGUCGUCACACCUCACAUACUUUGGUGAACUUAACAAAUGAAGAAACUUACAAGAGUGACGGUCCUCGGUUGUUCACUUACAUAGACGUACCAGUCCCACUGUAUCCUGGGGAUCAGGUGAUCACCAACUGCACUUACUCCACCCUUGACCGGAACAGCACCACUUACUUCGGAUUAGCUGCGAGUGACGAAAUGUGCUUUGGAGUUUUGUUUUUUUACCCUAAGGAACAUUUGGUCGGAAAAACAUGUUUGACCAUAGGGAAUGAAACUUGUGAUUGGGGCCCGAGCAUCCUGGAGUUUCCAAAUAAAUUACACUAUUUGUACAAUGAGCUAAGGAAGAAGUGCCAGGAGAACUCCCCUUGCAGUGAAGAGUGUGCCCAGUAUUUUUCCAAUAUAAUCAUGAAUUUUAAAUGGGAAAUGCUCAAAAACUUUCUGAAAUUUCUCACUGAAACCAACGAAGGGCAGACGAUGUUAGCCUGGGUGAAAUCCUGCCAAGGAAAGGUGUGCGCCUCUCGCAAUCAGAAUCCUUCUACAGCGAUUUUCUGUGCUUCAGCAUUCCAAAACUAGAGCAUGGGCAGCACUUCCGGACACCUUACAUGCAUGCCCAUAUUGUGUUACAUCGCUUUCGUGUUGGGUAUUUGGCCUCAAACUUCAAACAUGAUGAAAAAAUAUUUUGUUUCAAAAGUGUUUUUUUUUAUUUAACAGUAUAAACGUAUUUAAAUACCAUU